UUAUCUAACAGCGAUAUACAAGGAAGUAACAUUUGAUUGACUGGUGUACCUUAACAAAAUAGUAGAGGUGGAGUUACAGAGUUAUCUUUGCAUGCCGUCAUGUAGAUGUUCGUUUACCAAACAUAACUAAAGGAGGACAAUAAAGAAGUCAAACCAAACAAAUCAUGGGGAUCAAGGACUCCUUUACGGCAGCCAAUCUGGCAACGAAAUUAGUUUUCUUUAUCAUACUUUUAGCGAAUGUUGUCAACUGGAUAGCUUUCUGUACCACCUCAUGGCACGUCUCACCGUUUGGCUACAUAGGCUUAUGGAGAUUUAACACUAUUCCUUUAGAUGGUGCUUACAACGACGAGUACACCGCCAUCCAGGCCUUCAGUAUCUUCGGGUUCAUCUCGCUGAAUGUUGGCUUUGGACUCAUCGUCUUGUACAUGUUCUGGGGAAGUUGUAAGGGAAACAGUGAAACAAAUCUUGCAGCGGCCAUCACUCUCUUUGUAUCAGCUGGUAGCUGGUUGAUUGCUGUAGCCAUCUUUGGUGCUAGGUACGAUGGAAUUGAAAGGUUCGGUUACUCCUUCGCCCUGGCAGUGUGUGCUCUUAUCGUGGCGCUGAUUGGUGGAAUCAUUUUGAUAAUUGGUGGCCGAGGAAACAGCUCAGUCAGCUCGAAGUAGUAUCACCACUGGGAAAACAUGCAU